UAGAAAUAGAUAUAUUACUAUUUCAGAUCUCUUCCUUCCUCGUGGUAAAAUUUACAAGCAGUCUGUAAAUGGAUGCCCUUAGCAUUAAAUAAUAGAUUUUUUUGUUUGAUAAAUUAUAUCAUUGAUAUUAAUCAGAUAUUAUAAAUGUGAGAGGUUACAACCCAUAGUAGUGAUUUAGUUGGGUUUUUUUUUUUUAGGUAACAAGCGAAUUUAUAGAGAAAUGUCUGAUUCGGUGAUGUUUUGUUUAGAAUAUCCGAAACCAGUUAACCGCGGACUAAGUACGUGUAUAUACAGCGGAUUGACCCCGUAUUCGUGCAACCAUGUCGUGCUCUGUCGCAGUGAAAUUUUCAAUGUUUUCUGAACAAAUUAUGCCUCAAUGGGUCUUUCAAUAGUUUCUUCUUUUCUUCGACCAUUUAAAUAUAAUGACAUCUACUGUGUAUUAUAAAGCCAUAAGGGUUUUCAAUUUAAACAAACGUUCUAGGGUUACCCAUUCAAUAUCGCACUCUCUCUGCUCGGAGAGUUUUUGUCAAUAUUUCUGCAAUAAAUGAUCCCGAUUAGACAGCGUUCUAUUUAUUAAUAAUUCAUCACCCAAAGAGCUACUGAAGAACUCCCUGGAAACGCAAGACUGCACCACAAUCUCCUCAAGGCCUACAUGUAUGCGGGAUUUUCUCUGAUAAUCUUUAAAAGCAUUAACAAGAGUUACGCAAUAUCGAUUGUGAAUGAUCAAGAUUGAGUGCCCGGAUUAUGUGGAUCUUUAACAUAGCACUUCUUCAGUAAGGUAUGUGAGUCUCGGUCACCUGAUGAGUUAGAACGGAUCUAAUCUGCACAUAUCAAUGCAAUGUAGAUAGACACACUAGUGAGCGCGAUCUACCUAACAUGCCUCGGAUCAACGUAGUAUCUUCUGUCCCUGGGGCUGAGUCGGUGGUGAGACAAUUACUCUGUGAACCUGUCGUAGGUGUAUCGUGUCAGGGAACAAAACAUACAAAUGUGUUGACGUCCGUUACAAUUGGAGUGCCUUCAGGAGACAUUUACGUGUUCGAUGUGAAAUCUUGUUCAGCCAUUGUGCUAGAUGGGGGUCUUAUUAGGCUUCUGCAGUCUGUCGAACUAGUUAAGGUGUUUCAUGACGUAAGCAUCGACAGUAGGGUACUACAGCCAUAUGGUGUCAAAGUCAGGCAUUAUUUCGAUACGCAGGUUGGGUAUUCCGUUCUGCUGGAACAAAAGGGAUUUCCUCCAAGAAAGAUAAAUCUUCCACAACUUUGUAAGAAGUACCAAAUCGGUCUACCCUCUCCAGAUCAACAAGAACAGAAAAGAAUGGGCGAGGAUGUGAAUUACUGGGCUAAACGUCCCUUGUCUAAAUCCAUGUUAAACCUGUGUGCUGCAUCCGUAAUGGCCCUUGGAACUUUGUACACCUGUCUAGCCAGUCAGUUAGAUCCUGACAUGUGGGCGUGGUUUGACUGUAUGAGUGAGGAGAACCGCUUAUCUCGGAUCCAACAGAGGCGGAUCCAGUCCGUGAAGACCGCCAGAAAAAAUCAGCAGUUUAUGGAGCACCUAUACGAAUAUCCCGUGUCACGCCUCACUGAAGCGGAAAGACAGCUGAUCGCCGAGUCGAUGCCAGAGACACGCCCAAUCUAAACUAGACUCACAGCGAGGAUGUAGCAGCGGUCCUAAGAUUUUGAUCAUAACAAUAUCAUAUGUUUGGAAUACAUGAAGUAUUAAUUCAUAUUUGAUGUAAUCAUGGGCGCUGGCACAGUGAUAAGUGACUUAACAGGGGUGGGUGGGAUUCAGGCGAGUGUUGUGACCCAUAGGCCUCUUGUUUUGUGUGUACUUGAUUAAGUUCCCAUUGAUAUAAAAACGUAUGUACUGUUAAUAGGACAAUGAUUCACUUAUCACCAGUGUCCCCCUCAGUUUUAUCAUUUACUUUAUAAUAGGAAACUUUGUGAAUUUGUUUUAGUAGUUUUAAUGAUAUGUUGUUUUACGAAAUAUGUAGCACACACACAAUUGACAACCAGUAGUAUAAUCAUUGUAUUUUUGUAAUAAAAUAUCAAAUGUUACAAAAA